AUGAAUAACAACGAAAUAACAAAUGAUCAACCAUUAUUAUUAAGAAAAUCGAAAACGACAUAUACCAAUCUUAAUACCAAUCAAACUGAUUAUAUUCGAGAAAAUAAUAAACAACAACAACAACAACAAUCAACUGAUAGUAACAUUAAUAGUUCAACAUCAUCAUCUAUUGCCUCAAGUAAUGAUAGUCAAACACAAGCAUAUCAACAACAUGAUAAUGAUAGUUUACUAACAUUUGUGAAUAAAUUAUAUUGUUCACCAUCAUCAUCGAUAUUAAAAAUGAAUAAUUUAUUGGGUAAUAAUACAAAUUUAUAUGAUGGGAAUGAGCAACAUCAUGAACCAGUUAUUACAACAAAUAUAAUUGAAAAUAUGCUAACAAUACCCACUAUUAGUACACCAGAUAUUUUAGACGUUAAUAACGUUUUAGAUGAUAUAACGACAAAUGAAGAACAUUCAGAUGAAGAUGAUAAUGAAGUAGCUCAAUAUAAUAAAUUUGGAAUGUAUCGUGCCGUUUUAGGACGUGUCACUACUAAAGUAGAUGAUCAUGAACAUGCGGAAACUGGAGUGAAAUCAGGUGGUUAUGAAUUUCAUUAUGAUGUUGAUAAUCCUUUAGAAAUUUCAUGUUCAGUAUCAUUGAGUUCAGCAGACACUAUAUCAGAACAUACACAAUCACCAAAUAAUCGUUUAAGUACAAUAGUUAAUAUUGAUGGAAAUACGUUAAAAGGUUUAAAAUUAAAUACAAAUCGACAAAAAAUAUUACAGAGAACCAAUGAUAAAAAAUUAAUUGUUGAAAACGAAAAUGAGGGAGAUAUUAUGAAGGAGGCAAUGAUGACACGAUUAUGUUUAACAAGUGAUGAAGAAUUAAAUAAUAGUAAUUCAAAUUCAAAUGAUGAUAAUGAUAACGAUGAAAGUGAUGAUUCGAAUAAUUUAAAAUCGGAACCAUUAGAAAAACUUGAUUAUCUUAAAAAUAACAGAAAGGAUGAUCAUCAACGUAAUAAAAUUAAACGUACUAAUACUAAUGAUAUACAAGAACAAGAUGAAAAAUUACGUAGUUUUCGUGGAUGGCAUAUGUCAAUGUUAAAACAAAUUGAUGAAAAAUUAAAAGAAAUUGAAUUUGGAGAAACGGAUAGUGACAAUGUAAAUAAUGAUGAAGAAAUGUGUUUACAUUCGGAUGAUUCAUUAUCAUCAUCACCACGCGUUCAUAAUUUUUAUAAACGUACAUCAACAAAAACUCAUCCAAUUAAAAAAUCUUAUCCUCAUAUGAAGAAUCUAUCCAAAACAUCCUCAUCCUACAAGUCACCAGUAAAACAUGCCUCUGAUUGGUUGCCAAUAAAAAAUGUUGAAUAUAUUCGUAAUAAAAAUAAUAGACAUAUACCUGAAUCAGGUCCUUCACUAUCAAAAGUCAAUCGAUUAGAAAAUAGAAAACAUUCUCGUUCACCACCAUUAGUAUCACAAUUGAAUCGAUUUCGUACAACACCAAAGCAUAAUAGGACAACUGAGAGAAUAUCUCGUUCACCAUCAGUAGAAAAAGAGUCUAAAACACUUAUCAUCAAUUUACCACCAUCUGACGAUGAGAGAGAAGAGAAAAAUGACAAUUAUUAUCAUAAAUCAAAAAUGUAUUAUAGACCGUUAAGAAACAAAGAACAACUGCCUAGUACAAUGACCGAUUCUCAAAUGGUUGAAUUUUCAUCAGAAAUGGACAAUAAUUAUGUGAAAAAAAUGCAAAAUAUCUAUCAAAAUAAAGCGAAAGCAAAAUUUCAAAGUAAUAGAUUAAAUGAAGUACCAGAUCAUUUAGAAAAGUUAUAUGGACAUGAAAAAAAAAAACAGCCUGAUCACUAUGUACAAACAGUUCAAAACGGCAAAAAACAUGAUAAACAUUUUUAUCGUGAACAACUGCCGCAAUAUAACGAUGAUUCAUCUAGAACAUUGUAUAAAUCUUCUACUGACUUUUCACAUACUUUACAUUUGAAUGAUAAACAUUCCAAUGUUCGACGUAGUAGUUAUGAAGAUGAAAUAUCGUUAGGCAAACGUUUUCCCUCACAACAUCAAAGCGAAGAUGAACAAGAGGAAAACGGUCAACAUACACGUGAACAAAGUACUGAAAGAAGACUACGAGAUCAAAGUGCACAAACUGAUUCACCAUCACAAAAUUCGACGACCGAUUUUCAGGCAUUACUAAAUAAUUGGCAAAAAUUAAUGUCUACUUCUGUAAAUUCAACAUCGGCAAAAACUAAUGAUACACAUCAAUCUCAACCAUCAAAUAUCGAAAAACGAACAAAUAGUACAUAUAAUCUAGAUCAAAUAUCCAAUUAUGAAAAGACACGUAUAACUCGUGAAAAUAUACGAUCUAAUCAAAAUCGUCAAUUGCGUAAUGAUACACUGCAAAAUGGAUUAAUAGUAGAGUAUGAAAAGAAACAUACGGGCUAUUCGAAUAAAUCUGAUGGACAAAAUAUUCCACAAUCAAAACCCAAUGUAUCUACUAAAAAUAUGAAUAAUACUAAUGGUUCGGGUGCACAGUUUGAUCUUAAUUCAACAAAGCUAAAUAAUCCAAAUGUUUUGUCUCUAACACGAAAAAAUGGUACACGUUUCAUUCAAAAUACCUUAAACAAUAAUAAUAGAGAUGAAUCGUUAAAUAUUGUUGAUCACAAUCAGCCGAGGCUGUCUCGACCCAUUGAUCAAAUAAAAUUUUUUAGUUUACGUAGUAAAAGUGCAGCAUCAGGACGUCCCGAUCUAAUUUUUGGUGGACCAUUUACACCUGAACCACAUAUCUAUAAUGCACAAGACUAUCCACAAACACCUAUUUCCGAUAAUUCACAACAAUCUUAUUCUAAUACAUCAUUGAAAACUGCGCCUAGACGAGCAUCACUCGAACAACAAUUAGACAACUAUGGUAAUCGUGUUUCUAUUGCACGUGAUCCAGCCAUAUAUUCGGCAGAUAUUGGUCAAAUAACAGCUAUGGAUACAUCAAAUUUAGGUCAUUUAGUUGAUCUUGUUUUUGAUGAUUUACACGAUCAUAAUUCAAAUAAUUUCUAUCGUGAUUAUAAACAAUUAUUAGAUGAUAUACAAACACGUUUCAGUAUGAUAACAACACCAAAUAGUGAUGUUAGUGGUAAUCACAUGAAUGAAAAAGAACAACAAAAUAAUUUUAUUAAUCCAAGUGUAAAUAUAAAGAAUGAAUAUUCAAUUAGGCAACCUGUUUUUUUAGAAGUAGCAAAUGUUAUUAAACAACCAACAUUGUGCGAUACAUUGAUUUAUAUUCCAUCAUCACGAUAA